CCUGGUUGGACAUAGUUUGCCAAUCAGUUUGAAGCCAGUUGGCGGAGCGAACAGAACAGAAGUUAAUUAGCAAUGAAAGCCGGCAGUUGCCUUGUGCUCUCCAUUAGCGCCUUGAGUCUUUGUGGCUUCACUCUGGGCCAACGCAUCGAGGAUAUAUGCACGUUGUUCUCGGAUAAUACGGUCAUACGUGAUCCGGAAUCGUGCAGUCGCUCGAUCACAUGCGUGGACGGCAAGAGCACCUACAGCACCUGCCAGAGUCCAACUCCGUUCUUCGACAAGGACACGCUGAAGUGUGUCAAGACAUUGCCGGAUACGGAAAAUUGUAAUAUUUCGUGUGAGAAUGCGGCGACUCGCUUUGUGAGAGAUCCAAAGUCGUGCUUCGGCUACUAUUACUGCCUGGAUGAGCAAACACCUGUCUAUGGCACCUGCCCGGACGCCACGCACUUCAAUGAGGCCAUUCAGGAGUGCAUCUGGAGCACUGCCUCCGAGUGCCACUCAAGCAAAUUCGACUACUGCAGCAUCAUCAAGAACGGCGUGAACUUUGACAAUACGCUCGGCUGCAAUCGCUACUAUGUGUGCACCAAGGGCAAGCUGGAGGACAAGACCUGUAAAUCGGGCUACUAUCAGAGAAGCACCGGUGAGUGUGUGGCCAAGACUCUGGUCAACUGCGAUGCCCAUCCCCUGCCGGCGAAUGUGUGCGGCACAACGAAGAGUCCGAAGCCGAAUACCUUGGUGCCCGAUGGCGCCACCUGUCACGGCUAUUUCAUCUGUGCCGACAAGGGACCGAAUACGCCCGAUGAGAAUCCCACGUGGGCCAGGUGCAACGAUGAUUUGUUCUUUGAUAAAAAUAGUCAGAGCUGCAUUGAACCCAAUAAGGUAGCCUGCUCCGAGGAUCGUUGCCAGGGUCGCACCCUACCCUUUGUGCUCAGCCCCACCAAGGGCUGUCGUCACUAUCUACGCUGCUCCAACGGUCGAACUCUGGACGAGAGGAGCUGCGGCAAUUUCUUCUUCGACGAGGCAAAUGCCGUGUGUGUCAAUCAGAUAUUAACCUAUGACAUAUGCUAGUCGUACAUCCACAUAUAUCGGAUCAUGAAAUAGAUCUUAUUUUCAAGAGCAUUUUAUUGAUUCAUAAUUAUUAAGCCAAAUAAAUAUAGAUAUGUUAAGUUGAGAAUUCAAACAAAUUUGUACUUAAUUCUCUUAUGAUUAUCUUUGUGAAACUUGAAUAAUUUUUGCUGGAUUUUAUUUGCUUAACAACAUUGCUUUAACAAAUUUCUUAUAAUUCCCAAGCAGUUUUAGCGCUAAGAACAGUUUGAACUUCUUCAAACGAUUUCAAAAUUUGAUUAAAGAAAAGAAUUUUGUAAAUCUUCUACCUUUAUCAAUCAAGCUCUUAGCUAAUCAUUCUACGCUUUAAUAAACCUGACCGAUUUUUAUUUUAUUUAA